AUGAGUGCAAACAUUACAAUAUUUUUGGUCUUCGUCACAGUUUCUACGGUGACCGCACAAACCUUUCAGUACUCCCGGGGCUGGACCAAUGGUAAACGGGACGGUCACAGAAAAGAAGAGGUUAUCAGUAGCUUGGAGCGAGUUUUCAGUCCCUGUCAAAUGCGCAAGCUUAAAUAUUUGCUUGAAGGAAAACCCCUGAAUGACAGAUUUUACGCACCAUGUGACUAUCACGAAGAAGACCCCGACACGCUGUCUAAGAGAUACAAACCGGAGCACAACCAGGAACCUCUCUUUGACGUUUUUCAAUGA